AUGGUUUUCUCGUCGAAUAUGACCACGACUGACUGUCACGACCUCCAAGAAAACCCGAGGUCAAAAUGCAGCGAAGGAUGCAUCGGUCCGGUGCCUUUUUUACGUGUGGGCACAUCGCCAGCCUCCAGCAGCACCUCCAGGAGGAUUCAAAUCGGUGGAGGAGAGCCUCCAGGCAGAAGUAUUAAGCAUACUCCUGGCGCUGGCAGAUUAGAAUUGCAGCCAGAGGGUCGAAAGCUCCUACAAGACCUUGCCGUUUUGCCGGCAAACACCAGUCUGGUUUUUGCACUAGGGGGUUCCCGUGUCGGGAAAUCCACUGUAGGCAACCGGUUGCUUCGGUUACAAGACGUAGAAGUUGUUUCCUCGCCAGAGCAGGGUGCUGCUGGAGUUGUUUCCACACCUGAAGAUAGAAGAGCUCCUGCAUACAAGGACGACGCACGACCAGAUGCUGGCGCAAAUGACCCGCGUGCUGGCGCAAAUAACGGGUUCUACGUGGGACACGGCUUCAGACAUGUGACGCAAGGGGUGGACCUAGCUGCCCGAUUCUUUCCGCAGGAACAGAAAAUGCUACUGUAUUUCGACUGCGAAGGAAGUUACCAUCCUGCGGGAAGCACUGCGGGUAUUAAUCUUGUCUUGCGAAUUAUAAGUAGUUGUAAGACGGCAAAAAUUAUAGAUAAAUAGGUGGUCGUUAGUUCCUAAUGAUCCGCAUCUUAUUCUUGCCCAGAAUUACAAUUUAUAUUCAUUCAACAAAUCAACUUCCGAAAGAAAGAUCAUAGUAAGUAUAAUCCCCGACACAUUGUCUCCAGGUAAUGCGACGAAUUUAGGCCUAGUCGGACUGGUCGCUUAUUGUGUGGCCGAUUGGAUCAUGUCGGUUACGAUGGGCAGCUUUGACGAAAGGGACAUUGAAUCUCUAGCUUUACUAACGAAUCUAGCAAAAGCGCAUGUCUGGCAGCCCCCGGCACGAGGAGCUACGUCCCGGAGUAAUCAGGAGGAGCUACGUCCAGGGCUUUUGCUUCUAGUGAAUUCACCAAGAUUUCACGAGUUGGAGGCUGAGCCAGAGAAGGUUCUCGGCUCUAUUCUGCGCGGCGCAAAUAAUGCCUUUUCCGAUGUUGCUGGCAGUCACUCAACAGCGAAAGGCCAGGACGAUCUGGUACUAAACACGCCUCGACGGCAUGCACGCGAGUCGCUGAGUCAAGAAUUUGCUGACGUACGCAUAAUGGGACUUCCAAAUAAUCAAGCGAAGAAGGAGACCUCGUCAGCAAAUCAUGUUGAGCCAGACAAGUUAAGCGAACUACGCCGUUGGCUACUAUUUGUUGACGAAUCGGAAUCGUCAACUUCAAAGUCUUCGACACGCUCCGGAGGUCGUCACUGGUCGUCGGGCUUUGAAAUUUUACGGUACAUAGAGCUCGUCGUGGAGGCGCUCAACGCGGGGUGGUCGAAGAGCGCGAGUCCUAGUAGUACACUUGAUGUUAAGGCGCGACACCGCAUGAAGAAGAAGAUGGUUCACAACUCUUCAUUAUGAGGCAGCAACUAAUUUACAACACGAACUAACACAGCGAAAUUUUUAGGAUUCUAGCUUGGUAAAAAAUCGUCGAUUGAGUUGUGUCUCUAUCUCAUUUUCUUCAGGCGAUGUGUGUCGUCGUAAGACCACUAGCUGUAGGAAGAAAUGAUACUUAAUUACUUACAAGAAGUGUGCGUGCUCGUGCAAUGUAGUUGGAUGAUCACAGAUAAUUGCUCGUCACAAAAAUAGAAACCUCACAAAAAGGUUUCUCCUUCCUCUAAGUCUUGUGUCUCAACCCCUUCUCCUGCGAGGCUGUUUCGUCCCGCCUCAGCUGUGGACACCGUCGCUCGUGAGUUGCAUCUAGAACCUCUUGCGGACAAGCUUAGCGAAGAGUUCGUCGCAGGUGCACGAAGCGCUAAAACCAGGACCGCAAAUUCGGCGCUGCCGCUCGGUGGCGUCCUCUUGGCCCGCUUGACGCAACGAGCAAUGGCGGACUACGACGCAGCAGCAACGAGUAUCAAGGCCAGCAGUGCAGCCAAAGCCACAGUCCGAAGCAACUUGUCGCGGACACUGAAACGACUGGCAGGAUCGUUUGAUGAUGCUGGAGCAGUACUCGCGAAGCCUCCAACGAAGGAUACAAGUGCUGGCGAAUCCACUGCUUCCCCAAGGUAUUGCGACUUGGAUAACCUCCUAACAUCAAGAUCAAGUUGUCCUAAAGGAGCAGCAGUAGCUUCUGGUUAUGGUGCCAGCAAAACGAGUGUCAUGACGACCUCCGCAGGAGAUCACGAGACGGCUUCGAAGGAAACUCGCUUCAGCAAGGAGACCACAACUUCAGGGGCACUGUCUAUCGAUCCGAUAUUUGAAGCGAACAGUCCUACAACACCUACUUCACAUAUUUCUCAUGCUUAUUAUAGUAGUACUACUACUAUAGGAGGACCUGCUCUUCUUGGCGGGGGACACGCUGGACUUGAAGAUGAAAGCCGUGGAGAACAACGAGGUGUUGACAUGAUCUCCUCGUCUACGACCGCCGUAGGGAGAGCACCAACCACCAUCACAGACCACCAACCACAAGUGCACGACUCGCAUCAGCCACUGCCGCCAACGCCUGAAGCGAAGCGACUCAAAAAAUAUGCACUGGAAUUAGAGGCAAGGGUCGAAGCACACGCGGAGGAGGAACGAGUGGAGAUAGACCGGCUUGUGGCAAAAUUGCACUCCACGGUGGAGGCAUCUUCGACCCUUUGUGGGACGUCAACUCAUCUUCAUGGCCAAGAAGAUGAUCCUAGUCCAAAAUUCUUGACGAACGAGAACGACAGUGCGGUCACGAAUUAAGGGUUGGAAGUUGACCUAUCAUCUAAGUAAGUGCAUUUCUAUGGCUUCUUCAAGUAGGAAAGCGGCCAUAGAUAUGCGACCUACUAGAGGGGGGCCAACUUUCAGCCACCCCUAAACGAAGAGUGCUGCUGCAGGAGCUGCUCCUAACUCGGUCCUAUCUUCUGCUGCUUUUGGUUGGAAGAAGAUCCCUCCUUCCCUGAUCUCGAUCGCGGACCAGGUUGAUGGUCUGGGUCGCAGGAUGUCGCAGACUAUAUCGAGAAUGAACCGCGAUGACAAGCACGAUUUUCUGCAGAGACGUGCGACAGAAAUGCUCGCUGCUUCUGCAGAGACGAUUCAUGAAUCCCAUUCCAGCGCAGAGCUUCAGCGCAUCCACAGUGAGGCAUUGGCUGUACGCAAAGAUUUUGGGUAUCUGGAAACGCAACUUACGGCAGCGGGAGAGAAACUGGUGCGUACAAUUUAUUUUUUUAGGUACAUUCCUUCGGGUUGAAUAGAAGAAAUCAAAAUUUGAGAUUGAAGCCCUCUCUUCUACUUUUUCACCAAGUUCUCUCUAGUGUCCUUGUUCUCUUACCAUUCUCCCUGUCGCCAUUCAAUUGACAGAUGCAGUCAGCGGACGCUAUGGAUUCAAGAUUGGGUGAUGUGGAGUCUGUACUUCGCGAUGCGACCCAUGCCCGUAAGGAAAUGGCCUCACGUCUAGAGCGCACACUGCAAUCGCACGCCGAAGGUUUACGGGAAAUGCUGGACGCAGAGCGCCAGGAUAGACUGGAAAGAGCGGAAAUGACGCAAAGAAUGGUCGCCGCAGUGUCGCACUGGCUCAGUACAACGGAAUGAGCCAGUUUCGCAAUGGCUCAGUACACCGGAAUAAAUGUUGGGACGAAAGCUGCCAGAUGGAGGCUCUUUUCCUUCUACACUGUCGAAGCUGAAGCUUCACAAACCAUACAAAGCAGGAUUUUCACAAGCCAUGCAUGGGGACCAGGAGAUUUUUUCUAGCGUUCUUUUUCACACGAAGAUCUCGAUCCUGAAAGCUAGUACAGGGGACGGCACCUGUCUGAUUUUCGAUGCAUCUGCUGAUGUUUCUUCUGCUAAAUUCAAUUUUCUACUGAAACGAGAGGAUCAAAGUGACUCUUGUUUUUGUGUUUUCCUUCCAACGAUAUAUUAUAAUAUCAGUCAAGCAGGAGAAUGCGAGUCGCGUUUCUAUUGCGAAGCUGUUUUUGAAAAGAGAAAAUGUGC